AUGGUCCGUGCCCGGCCGCCACGCCUCGCCCCGCGCCCAGCUGCCGCGCAUGGCCCCAAGCCUAGCCGCCGCGCAUGGCACCGCCCCGGCUCCGUGCCCGCCGCGCCCUGCCGCAGCGCCCUCGCACCGCGCCCGGCCGCCGCGCAUGGCCCCGCGCUCGGCCGCCGCGCCGGCCCCGCACCCGUCCGCCGCGCCUCGCCCCGCCCCACGCACGCUCGGCGCUGCUCGCCCCGCCCACGCCGCGCGCGCCGCCACCCGGCUCGCCCCGCCCCGCCAACGAGGUCGCCCCGCCCUGUCACGGACGCCUCCAGGGCCGCCCCGCCCGUGCCCGACGAAUUCGUGGCCGGCCGGAUGCUCACUCUUCCUUCCCCGAGCUUGCAAGGCAUGGCUCCGCCGAAAUUUGGUUGA